AUGGAGCAGCAUCCGCUGCUGAUCGCGAACGAAAACAUCCACGACAGUGGCAUCAUCGAGGAUGUACAUCAAGAGUCGGAGGACACCGGCAACGAGGACUACGGCGACGAGAGCAACCUCGAGUCGAACCUGCGUCGGCGGAAGGGCAAAAUUAUUUCCUGCGUAGAAAACGCAUCGCGACUGAUCCGAAGACGCGUGCCUUGCGCCGGCCAUCUGAUGACACCCCGACGGUUAUGGUUGAACAAAAUUCCGACCCAGUGCGACGUGGUGAUUGAGUUUCCAGAGGACGCCCCGGACGAUGCCCUUCGGUGGCUGCUUAGCAGAAUCAAGGCGAACCCACCGGAAGGGUUGGGCCUGUCGGCGAUGGUGCGGGCACACGAAAGCACAAAGCGCACCGCAUUCUACAUCACAGCACCGAUGAAUGUAUUAUUUAAAGCCGCCGAGGACGCCCGCCUGCCGAAGCGGUUACGGUCCGACCUGGGCGGGGCGCUGAAGGAGUUCACCAAGCGGGAAAGUCACUGCUUCGCCCAAUCGAAGGACAACGACGGUGCGAACAGUCUCUUCACGUCCCAGGAGCGCCAGUGGCUGGUGCUACAGGUGCUGCAAGGGUUACGAGCUGGCACACCGGACCUGCAGGCCCUCCAGGGUAGGGCGCAGGUCGAGGAGGGGCAAAGCAUCGUGGCGGCCUGGCAGGAGCUGGGCCUCAUAACGCAAGUGUUUCCGCUGCACGAAACCACCGCCCUGCAGCAGCUCCAGUCGAGCUGGGUACGGAAGUUUUUCGCACCACAACCGCUAGACGACAUUGCGGCCUACUUCGGUGUCAAGGUGGCCCUCUACUUCGCCUGGCUCGGCCACUACACCUGCGCCCUGUGCGUGCCGGCCGUCCUGGGGACGAUUCUGUACGCCGGCCUGUGGGGCCGAGGGCAGACGGCCCAAGACAUUGGUCACGUCAUUUUCUCGCUUUUCAACGUCGCCUGGGCGUCGCUGUAUCUGGAGGCGUGGAGACGCUACUCGGUGGAGCUGGCCUUCCGCUGGGGGACUUUGUCAACGCCACCGGAGCUCCUGGAACCACCGCGGCCGCUUUACAAGGGCCCGCUGGAAGAAAGUUCCGUCACCGGGCGGCUCGAGCCGAGGGAGGCGCCGGCCUGGCAGCGACGAGCCUUCCGUUAUCUAGUUAGCUUUCCAAUUAUCGGGCUCUGUCUGGUGCUGGUGUUUGUUGUGAUGUUCCUGAUGUUGAGGCUACAGGAUUGGCUCGAUCAACACUUACCAUAUAGCAGUGCUGGCCUGUGGGAGUGCAUGUGCAUAGUGUCUCAGGACUGGUGGGAUGCCAAACUUCCGGAGCAGGGUGUAUUCAGCUGUUUGAGUGUAAUACCGAAGGUCCUGCUGGCCGGCGCCAUUACACUAAUGGACGAAGCGUACUACAAGCUCGCCGUCUGGCUGAACGAUAAAGAAAACUAUCGACUGCAGUCGAAGUACGAGAACCAUCUCAUCGCGAAGGUGGCCCUGUUCCAGUUCGUCAACAGCUUCCUGUCGCUGUUUUACAUCGCCUUCUACUUGCGAGAUCAGGACAAGCUGAAGGAGCAACUGGCCGGUUUGCUGAUAUCACGCCAAAUCAUCGGCAACCUGCGGGAGUCCGCCUGGCCGUACCUGGUGGAGCAGUGGCGUCUGGCGAAGCUGAGCUUCAAGAUGUGGGGCGCCCUCAGCCCCACGCAGGAACACCCACCCUCCUCGCUGGCGACGUCCCUGUCCGCGUCGGCGGCGUCGAUUCCCGGCUCGACCGACGGUAAACAGCAGUCAUCGGAGGGACGAAGUCCACCGUCCGAGUGCGUCCCCGGCACGCCGAAACGAUCGAUCGGCCAGGCGGAAAUUGAAAGCUCGCUGUACAAGUACGAUGGCACCUUUUCGGACCACUUGGAAAUGCUGGUGCAGAUGGGGUACGUCGUACUUUUCUCAGCCGCCUUUCCACUGGCGGGCCUGUGCGCCCUGGCCAACAAUCUGCUCGAAAUUCGCUCCGACGCCUUCAAGCUCGCCCACGUCCAUCAGCGUCCGUUCGGGCAACGAGUGGCCAACAUUGGCACCUGGCAGAACGCGCUCGGAAUGCUGGGGCUGGCGGCCGUCAUCGUCAAUUGCGCGCUGAUCGGCCUUUCCGGACAGGUUUCCCGCCUGUGGCCCGGUCUCACCUCCACCCAGACCGUCAUCCUGAUCGUGGCCCUCGAGCACGUCAUGCUGGGACUCCGUUCCGCCCUCACCUGGCUCCUGCCCGAGCUGCCCUCGUGGUUGGCGGCGGAAAUCGCCCGGGCCGAGCACUGUCGGCGCGAGAUGCAAUGCAAAGGGCCUUCGCCCCGCCAGACACCACCGUCGCCCCCAUCGUCCACCUCGAUAUCGCACCACGAGCAGGACUUCAACAGCAAUCAGGACAUAUUCGACAAGACGGAACAAUCCGUUGGCAGAUUUCACAUAUCUCCUAGUCACGACAACAACCAGGACAGCGAGCUGGAGCGGGCCGCCGCCAAGCUGGACAACCUCAGCAUCCACCCGGCCCAAGCGGCCCAGCAGCUUCAGCAGCAUUUGCGCCAAGAGCAGCUACACCAACAGCAGCAACAUCAGCAACAGCACAAGGACUCGCAGAGCAGCUGCGACAAUAUGGACAUCUUCGCCAUGGACACGCGCGACAUCUCGCCCGAUUCACCGAUCUCACAGACAAGCACAGUUCUAUUACGACCUCUGCAAGAUUCUCCUCUUAGUGGUCAGUCAGCACAAACCGUUGCAUUAGACUCAACACAAGCGAACUCAGGUGCAUGCCUAAAGCAGCCAAGCAUUAAGCUCGCCGACAUUCCGCCCUUCCGAGGACAAGCGAUGAAGCACAGCAGUAGUAUUUACGAUAAGCGAAGCAUCAACCUCGGUGAAGCGUCGCAGAGUUCCCGGAUCGCCUCGAAGCCGAUCCAAAUACCCGAAAUACCACCGUUCCGCAAGCAGGCACACUCCACGAUGCACUCGCCCGUCAACCAGAGCCCGCAGAAUCCCGCCCCCAUCGUGUCCGCCAACCCGUCGCCGCCGCGGAUCGCCGACAUUCCGCCGUUUCGGCCGCGCAACCGCUCCAAGGAGUGGAUGCCCAACAUCGAGGUGGGUCGACUGAAGCACACCGAACACCAUCUUACGAUUGGCCCCAGUGGAGGAGCCGAAUGGGCAAAACGCUUGAAAGCAGCCGAUCCUUCCAUCAUUCACAGAAGUACCGAUUGCAUUGUAGCGAAGCAGCAGGAGCUGGCCACCGGAUCGGACUCGGAGCUGCUCAAACCGGCACCGUCCUGGGCGACCGUGGCCGUAAAGGCGACCGAGCAGCAGCCCGGCACGAGCAACAGCGCACCGUCGGUGAAGGCGUCAACCGAUGAGGAAGCCAAAGCGGCUGAACUUGCGGCCAAAAAGUCCCGCCUGAAGCAGAGCCUGGUGAAACGCGCCCGAUCGGUGGCCAUCUUUUCGCUCAAGCUCAAGGAGCAGCGGGCAAAGCGGGCGGAGAAAAUGGCACUCGAAGCGCUGGAAGCGCUACCAGCCCCGCCACCCGGAGGCGAACUGUCGCUGAUACCGAUCGAGCAGCUGAUCCAGGUGGACGACGUGUUAAGCCAGCGGAACCAGGGCAGCGGUUCCGGCCACAGCAACAACGGUCACUCGUAAGCUUUUGGGGCUAGAAGCGAGCUGAUCCCGGGCAGCCAAACUGCACGUAGCUUUGUACUGUACAAAAUGACACCCCGAUGAAGAUGAUGGCGAUGUUAACUAAGCUCCACCCCAUGUUCUACACUAUCUUACGCUUCCUAACCGCCGCACAACAGCGCUCCACGCUCUUCUAGUAGUGUUCUAGUAGUGAUGCCGCAGUUAUCGUGGCCUUUUAACUCUAUCCUAUCGCAUCGUGCGUUUCCAAGCAAAUCAAAAUGG